AUGUCAGUCCUGCUCGAGACCAGCGUCGGCGACAUCGUCAUCGACCUGCUCGUCGACCAUGCGCCGAAGCUAUGCGAAAACUUCCUGAAGCUGUGCAAGGCCAAAUACUACAACUUCUCCCCCGUGCACUCGGUCCAAAAGAACUUUUCCUUCCAGACGGGUGAUCCUCUCGGCCCCCUGUCCCAACAAUCAGACGGCGGCUCUUCCAUCUGGGGCCACGUCUCUACGGACCCAUCCCUUCGCACCUUUCCCGCCUUCUUCCACCCCAAGCUCAAGCAUCUCGAACGAGGCACCUUCAUCAUCACCCUCGGCGAGGACACGGACUACUUGGACGGCAGGGCUGCCAUCUUCGGCAAGGUUGUCGAGGGCUUCGAUGCCUUGGAGAAGAUCAACGAGGCCAUCGUCGACGACAAGGGCUACCCCCUCAUCGACAUCCGCAUCAAGCAUACCGUCGUGCUCGACGACCCUUAUCCAGACCCCCCGGGCUUGAGAGAGCCCAGCUCGAGUCCGCCCCCGACGGCAGAGCAGGCCAAGACGAUUCGAAUCGCCGACGAGGCAGCUCUGCACGCAGAUGACGGCUUCGACGAAGAGGAGCUUGAGCGCCGGCGCCGCGACAGAGAAGCCAAGGCCCAGGCGCUGACAUUGGAGAUGAUGGGCGAUCUGCCCUUUGCCGAGGUCAAGCCGCCGGAAAACGUUCUCUUCGUGUGCAAGUUGAACCCCGUCACGACGGACGAGGACCUGGAGCUCAUCUUUGGACGCUUCGGCAAGAUUCUCAGCUGCGAAGUCAUCCGGGAUCAAAAGACGGGCGACAGCCUGCAGUAUGCAUUCAUCGAGUACCAGGACAAGUCGUCGUGUGAAGGGGCCUAUUUCAAGAUGCAGGGCGUCCUCAUUGACGACCGGAGGAUACACGUUGACUUCUCGCAAAGCGUCAGCAGACUGAGCGAUGAACUGGAGAAGCGACGACAGUACCGCGCUCAGGCAGACAGGACCACGGACAACAAGUAUGGUAUGGUCUACGGCCAAGAGGAGAUGAAGGGACGACGUCGGCCAAGUCGGAGUCGGAGCCCGCCAAGAGACAGGGACCGGCACUACGACCGCCGCCGCAAUGAUUCGUAUCGGUCGACACGGUGA